AUGCAGUACGCACAGAUACCUUAUAAUGAUUGGAUAGCACCAUUCAAUUAUGAACAAUACUUAUCAAAUGGUUCUUAUCGUCCUCAUCAUCUCUCAUCAGAUGCAAGUAGUCAUACUGAUGGUAGCUCAGCAUAUGGAAGUUCGACGAGUUAUCUCUAUGAUAUCGUUCCACCGCCGACAGGUCGCACCUCGCCUGACUUACAAUCGAAUUAUGAAGUGUAUUAUGCGAAGAAGAAGAAAAGAAGCAACAACCAAGUAACGGAAGACACGAAUAGUUUACACAAAAAAGAAAAACGAAACUUAAAUGAUGGCUUUGAUGAUGAAAAUCAUGAUUACAUUGUGCGACCUGGUGAAGUCUGGCUGGAGCGGUACACCGUCGAUUGUUUAAUUGGUAAAGGCAGCUUUGGACAGGUUGUUAAAGCAUUUGAUCAUAUCGAUGGUGAAUACGUCGCGAUAAAGAUAAUCAAAAACAAACGACCUUUUCUUUCCCAAGCCCAGAUUGAAGUGCGCCUGUUGGAAUUAAUGAAUGACCAUGAUACUGAUAACAAUGGUUAUAUAGUGAAAUUAAAACGACAUUUCACAUUUCGUAAUCAUUUAUGUCUGGUCUUUGAAUUAUUGUCAUACAAUUUGUAUGAUUUGUUACGUAACACAAAUUUUCGUGGCGUGUCGUUGAAUUUAACACGCAAAUUUGCUUUACAAUUAUUAUCAGCAUUACUUUUUCUGUCCCAACCUGAACUAAAUGUCCUUCAUUGUGAUCUGAAACCUGAAAAUAUUCUUCUGGUGAAUCCCAAACGGUCAGCAAUAAAAAUUGUGGAUUUCGGUAGUUCAUGUCAAAUUGGUCAACGGCUUUACCAAUAUAUUCAAAGUCGUUUCUAUCGUUCACCGGAAGUAUUACUUGGUAUUCCAUAUGAUAUGGCUAUUGAUAUGUGGAGUCUCGGCUGUAUUCUUGUGGAAAUGCAUACGGGUGAACCGCUAUUUAGUGGCACAAAUGAAUAUGAUCAAAUGAUGAAAAUUGUUGAAGUACUGGGCGUACCGCCGACACACAUCCUCGAACAAGGAACAAAAACGAAACGAUUUUUUGAACGUUUACCAGAUAAUUCAUGGGUACCACGAAAGAAUAAGGAAAGAAGAUAUCGCGCUCCGGGCACUCGAAAAUUACAGGAUAUAUUGGGUGUUGAAGUCGGUGGACCAGGUGGUCGUCGUGCAGGCGAGCCUAAUCAUUCCACAUCAGAUUAUAUAAAGUUCAAAGAACUUGUUCAGCAAAUGUUAGAAUACGAUCCUAAACGACGUAUUUUACCGUUCAAUGCACUACAAGCCAGUUUUUUCAAGCGCACAUACGAAGAUUCCACAGCGAUGAAUCAUACAUCAACAGCGUCGUCAACAGCAACGGGAAAUGUUCUUUUGACCAACUCGAUCAAUAAUGGCACAACUAAUGUGAAUAGUUUGCUGCAGCAAAAUAACUCUCUGAGCACCAACUUAACUGCAUCGGUCAAUCUCAAUUCGAAUGGUUCACCUAACCUCGAUCCGAACCGUAACUAUCUCUAUCACGGGAACUUUGACGCCGGAAGAUCGAUGAAUAUAUUCAAUCCUCUUCGCUAUCGUCAAGAUUCGUAUCGACAUAUCAUUGAAACAGUUCCAUCGACCAAUCAACCAUCACGUGCCAAUCAGCAGUAUCCACCACCGAAUCUGUGGCAACCAAAUGAUUCCACAUCACAACAGCAACAAAUUUUCAUGUCUGGCAUUCAAAGACCAUUUCCAGGCUUAGCACCAUCAAUUCAUCAAACACCAUCUUCAACGAUAUCAACCUUAACACAAAUAGCCAAUCCAAAUCCAGUUACGAUUCCAUCAUCAGCAGCAUCCUAUCUAACCAAUUAUUCCAACGUGAAUCCAACCAACACGAACACUUAUCUCGAUGAACAGAAUAACAUCACACGUCAUUUUCCAAAUUUAGACUCGAAUAUCACAUCUGUUGAUUUGGGUGUGCCAACACAAUUUCAAACAGCAAAUAACUCUACCAACAGCUAUUAUCCAUCUCAGCGAACACAUACAUCACCUUCUUCGGCAGCAUCAUUUCCACAAAUCUUUGGUUAUGUUCCACCAAGUUUUUCUCAUCAUAAUCAUCAUCAUCAUCAUUUAUCAUCGAAUGUUGACGAUGCGUCAUUGCUCAUACAAAAUCCUAGUUUGACUUGA